ACUGUGCGCCAGCCCCCUCUGAUAUGAACGCCACCCGGGGGAGGAAGCUCAGAUUGUGGAUUCGCGUCGCAAGUGCGCCUACAUUAUUGCUGCUGGUAACUCACCUCAUUCGACUGCAAACGUUCGUCGUGGAUGGUAGUGUGCUGCCCAGAGAAACGCGAUCGCGAAAAAAUUUCCGUUGAAGAAAAUCGUAGAUUGUUUCGGUGAAGAAACGUGAUUGCGAAAAGUGCUUUACCAUUAGUUGGCUGUAGGAGGGAAAAGUGGUUAAAAUUACCGACGAAAAUUACGGAAAACCCCCGAAACUCAUAUAAGCCGAAAGACGACGGGUUUAUUUUUUUUUGUUUGUGCACUUCGCGUCUUGAUAUUGACCUUAAGCUUGCGCGCGGAAACUUCUUCUAUGCAGAGAAGGUUUAUGUGAGGCGCAAAAAAUUCGGUUUGAUGUUUCGCAGCAUUUCCAGUGCAUUAGAGGAAAUUGCUCCAGAGAACAAAUUACCGGAACAGCAGCAUAUAGUGCCCCCGUGGUUCGGCGGAUUUCGGUAGGAACCACUCUUUCUUCGGGAAGUCAGUGUGAGUGGUUUUUAAACACAAAAUUUCCCAGUUAAUUAUCGCAAUUACUGCAACGGUUUGUGUCGGACCAAGCUCGUUAACUCGUCAAACAGGAGAAAAAAAACAAACGGAGAUUUUAACACUUAAUACCAAAAAUGUUCAGUCCCAGAUCGAGGAGAAACAUUGCCCUAGUCCUGCUGAUGCUGGUGAUAGUGGCCACCAUCUGUGAUGCCCGCCGAAGAUUCCCCAAAAAUAAAAAGAAGCAACAGCAACUGCUGCGGCGUGGUCCAUCCCGGAAAACGUUGAAACAGCUGGAAUAUGAAGCCCGUGAGACGAAUACGCCAAACUUUGUGCGGCUGGUGCUGAUGAGGCUCGUCUACGGGCUGGCCACGCAGAUGGGUGUCGAGGAUCGGCUUGAGGGUGUCUUUGGGGGAGCUUUCGUGCCACCGAAUGCUGUCGAGGAAGGUGACGACUAUCUGGACGUCUUUAGUGACGAGGGAGGAGACGGAGAUUAUUUCUAAGCACACCACCACCCGGCCCCAUGAGUCCCUGCAUUUCCGGAGGCGCGAUUGCUGUCACCACAGACAGCCUGCAUGACCUUCACACUAGGUUAAGAUUUUAACGCGUCGAAGGAACUUUCCAUGAAUACCAUUUUCAUCGUCCCGCCUGUGAAACAAAAAAAAAAGAAAAACUGAAGGUCGGUAUGACAGGAGUUUAUAGCCGGCAACUUAUUCUCGAAAUCUAACAAAACUACACAAAACGAUAGUACGAACAAUUUCAAACUCAUCUAAAUUAAGACGUAAGCGAAAAUCAGCUGUUUAAGAACGACUCGAGAUCUGGAAGGCUAACGAUUAGCAAAAAAAGGUCGUAUCAUCGUACAACGAUAUAUUACCGGAAAUAUAGGUUUAAGCAUGUGUAACAUGAGCUCUCGGAUAAGCUGAUAAAAACAAGAACAAAAAAUAAGGGAAAUCAAAAUACGCAUGAAGCUAUUAGCCGAACUGGACCUAGAGCUAGAAGUUUUGUAUCACUUCUCUAGAUAUUCGUACGUACCUACAAUAAUCGGGCUUACGUUUGCUAGCAAAUUAUCCCAUUAGUAGUGGGUCACUUUUUUUUAAUUGUAUUUAUAAACGUUUUAUUUCUUCAAGUGUGAGAUUAUGAUUUCCCUUUUUUUAGAACCGACAAUCGUUAUGAUCGUACCUUUACUUUAUCGUAACUUAACCCUAUCUCAGACACAAGAUUCAAAAAGCUCUUAUCAGUUAAAUUCUUUAGAACAGAAGUGUACGGUCUCAUUCAGUGCAAAUAAAACAUAAUUUUGACUGAGAAAACGAGAUUAGUAUGUUGUAAAGCAACAAUUUGUCCGAGCGUGUUCAAAGUUAGUUAAUUUAUUUAUUGUCUCAUUGAUUUAAUUUCUAACUUAUUUAUUUCCUAAUUUAUUUAUUUAUUCAACCCCUCGUUUAUGCAUACAUCUAUUCAUUCUGUUGACGAAACAAGUUUUUUCGAUACAAGCUCACCAAAAAUGUAAAUAGUGUAAAAACAAACAAACAAGAAUAAAAGUGAAUCGAUAAUA